AUGAAGCAAACUGGUAGUUAUGAUGAUGAAGGAAGAAAUGCAUUGAUUAAAGCACCACCAUUGUCACUAUUCAAACCUGAAGUUUUCAUUCUCCAGGUACAACCAAAGGUAAAGAUUCAAUGUGGUUGUCCAUAUGGUUCAGAAUAUUUCACACAACCAAUAACACUAUAUUCCAAAGUCUUCUGUCAAUUUCUUAAAGAUUGUGAUGAUAAAACUGCAAAUAUACCAAAA